AUGCAGGCGAUCAAGUGUGUCGUUGUAGGUGACGGUGCCGUCGGUAAAACAUGUCUGCUCAUCAGUUACACGACAAACGCCUUCCCCGGAGAGUACAUACCAACAGUAUUCGACAAUUAUUCAGCAAAUGUUAUGGUAGAUGGAAAACCCAUUAACUUGGGGCUAUGGGAUACGGCGGGACAGGAAGACUACGACCGACUGCGACCUCUCUCAUAUCCACAGACUGAUGUGUUCCUCAUAUGUUUCUCACUCGUCAAUCCUGCUUCCUUCGAGAACGUUCGCGCUAAGUGGUACCCCGAAGUCCGGCAUCACUGCCCGUCGACGCCUAUCAUCCUCGUCGGCACAAAGCUGGAUCUUCGCGAAGACAAGGACACGAUUGAGAAGUUGAAGGACAAAAAACUUGCGCCUAUCACUUACCCACAAGGCCUAAGCAUGGCGAAGGAGAUCGGCGCGGUGAACCGGCCAAGAAGCCGCGGAAGUGCCGGAUUUUGUAAAAUUGACGAUCAGAUAGCAGACGCGAGUCGUAGCCAGUGUAACAGCAAAGCUAUAACCGAGCACUUGUUGAUCCGUCUCUACCACCACAGUGCUGUAACUGUACAUGGACUGCAAAUGCAUACAAUAGAUGUUAAUUUUUACUGU